CACGAACUUUUCUGCCGAGUGCAGGCCGGGCGCUUUUGGGCGCAGCACGCAGGAACCGGAAGUCAAUGGAGGAAGACCGGACCUACCGAUUCAGUUUGGAGAUGGGAGUCCCUAGCCUCUUCCUGGAGGGAGGGAGGUGGAGAUGCUUUCUGGCCCCAUUGAGGUCAUCCCUGUCCCAGGCCUUACAUAAUUCCUGCUGUCGGAAAAAAUUCACUACACCUAAGAAAAUUAUUUCUGAUGUUACUUUUUGUGAUGAAAAUGCAAAAGAGCCUGAAAAUGCAGUUGACAAGCGCUUCUCUUCAGAACAGCAGGCUUCCAUCUUGCAUGUGUUGAAUACAGCAUCUACUGAAGAACUUGAAGCUUUCAGAUUGCUUCGUGGAAGAAGGUCCAUCAAUAUCAUAAAGCACAGAGAAAACUUUGGGCCAUUUCAGAAUUUGGAGAGUUUAAUGAAUGUGCCCUUGUUUCAGUAUAAAAGUACAGUUCAAGUUUGUAACUCCAUACUUUGUUCAAAGACUGGAGGGGAUAAAAGAAAGUUACCAGAAAACCGGUUCUUGAGAAAACUCCUCAAACCAGACAUAGAAAGAGAAAGACUUAAGGCAGCUGAUAGUAUCGUAUCUAUUGUUUUUGGUACUCGAAGAAUUGCCUGGGCUCACCUUGAUCGUAAAUUGACAGUGCUGGACUGGCAGCAAAGUGAUCGUUGGAAAUUAAUGAAGGAAACUACAUACUCAUCAUCCAUCUAUUUAGAAGAGAUUUCUUCGAUCAUUUCAAAGAUGCCUAAAGCAGAUUUCUAUGUUCUGGAAAAAAGAGCACUUUCCAUUCAGAACUCAUCUCUGUUUCCUAUACUGUUACAUUUUCAAAUCGUGGAAGCCAUGCUGUAUGCCUUAUUAAAUAAAACUUUUGCCCAGGAUGGGCAGCACCAGGUGCUGAGCAUGAAUAGAAACGCAGUGGGGAAGCAUUUUGAACUGAUGAUUGGUGACUUCAGGACUAGUGGAAAAGAACUAGUGAAGCAGUUCCUCUCCGAUUCUGUACUGAAGGCGGAUCCUCGGGUGUUCUUCCCAUCAGAAAAAAUAGUCCACUACAGACAGAUGUUUUUAUCUAGUGAAUCACGAAGAGUAGAAGAGCUUUAUGAUUCAUUAUUACAAGCUGUUGCCUUCUAUGAAUUAGCAGUGUUUGACUCUGAGCCUUAGAAUUCUGAGGUUAAUGUGCUAAAGUCAUAGUCAUAUUAAUGUAUAAUUAAUAGCUCUAAUGUAAAACUGUUUUGAACAUCCAUGUUACUGGAAAAGAAAAUAUUUUGAGUGUAUUUUAGAUGUUUAAAUUCUGAUUUUCUGCUACUAAAUGGUCUACACAAUAAGCCAAGACCAAAUCAAUAAACAUUUUAUAAGAUUC